UGUUUCCCCAGCUGCGCGGUGCAACCCAGAGCCGCCGUGCGCCCAAAGCGAAACUGGUUGGGCGCGGGCCAUCUCUCCGCCUGUCGCCGUCGGAGGUGUUGCGAAAGCGGCCCCGUCUGAACAAGGAGCCCAGGCAAGACCCAGCCGCGGCCGGCCAUGGCGGGAGAGGCGGUGACCAGACGCAUCGGGGACGAAACGGAGAAGUCGGAAUGCGCAGCGUUGCCAAUGGUAGCGCUGAAUCACUCGGUGCGGCGCCGGCUGGCGCUCUUCCUCAACCCGCGCGCCCCGGUGGCGGCCGACUGGACGACGCUGGCGGAGGAGCUGGGCUAUGAAUACCUGGAGAUCAAGCACUUCGAGGCCCAGCCGAACCCCACCGGCCGCCUGCUGGACGACUGGCAGGCGCGGAGCCCCGGCGGGGCAACGGUGGGCCGCCUCCUGAAUCUGCUGCGCGUCCUGGGUCGCCAAGACAUCCUCACCGACCUGGGACCCAGCAUUGAGGAGGACUGUAAGAAAUAUCUCCAGAAGAAGCAACAGGAAGAAUCAGAGCGACCGGUUCAAGUCCCAGCAGUGGACAGUAGCUUUCCGAGGGCAACUGAAAUGCAGGGCAUCACCACUCAGGAUGACCCCCUUGGGCAUACCCCUGAGCUGUUUGAUGCCUUCAUCUGUUACUGCCAGAACGACAUUCCUUUUGUGCAGGAGAUGAUCCAGGAACUGGAGCAGGCAGAACAUAAGCUGAAGCUCUGUGUCUUUGAUCGGGAUGUCCUGCCGGGCACCUGUGUAUGGUCCAUCACCAGCGAGUUGAUUGAGAGGAGGUGUCGGAGGAUGGUGGUGGUCAUCUCGGACGAUUACCUUCAGAGUGAGGAAUGUGACUUCCAAACUAAGUUCGCUCUCAGUCUUUCCCCAGGUGCCCGUCUCAAACGUCUGAUCCCGGUUAAGUGCAAAAACAUGAAGAACGAGUUCCCGAGCAUCUUAAGAUUCAUCACGGUCUGUGACUACACUAACCCAGCCACCAAGAAAUGGUUCUGGAUGCGACUAGCCAAAUCUCUGUUGCUUCCAUGAUCUUGCGCUGAAAGGUUGAAGCCCCACGGCCCCAGAAGAUGGGGCCUGCAGGAAGGGUGGAGGUCCCCGUAGCUUUUCCUUGACUUUUCAUCCUGAAGACAAAAGAACCAGGGUUUUAAUCAAACCUUCCUGAGAACCGUAAGCUUGGUUUAAACCCCACCUUUAUAAAUCCUUUGGAACAUUCCCCUCUCCUCCCCUCGGCCUCAUGUUGGCUUAAAAAGAAGGAACAGAAUCUAAUAACAGAUGCAACUGUUCCUGGGAUAUUAAUCUAUAUUCCGUUUUUUUUAUUUUCCCCUGCUUCCUUUUUAAUUUUUGGCAGAACAAAGGGACCAAGAAAAACUUGACAUAAACACUUUUAAAAUCAUGGGAUGAGAAGCAACAAAUAUUUUCUCCUAAGAGCACAUUGGCUAUGGGUUCUUGUGAAGGAAGGACCAAAAGAACAUUAUUCUGUGCAUAAGCAUAGGACCUGUUCUAGUUUCUUGUUUCCAAAAAUCAGCCCCCCCAUUCCACACACCCCCACGCACACAACCUGGUGCUUUAAAAGCUUCUCAUCUACCACAGUGCACAGAUGUGCCAGCAUGUAAUCCUGGUGCCUUCUAUAUGUGACCUCAUAUUUCACCUAGUGCAGGGGUCUUCAAACUUGGCCCUUUUAUGACUUGUGGACUUCAACUCCCAGAAUUCCUCAGCUAACGGGCCUGGCACGUUGGCUGAGGAAUU